GGGCGUUUGCGCGGCGCAGCUUAAGGGGCGGGGCUGUGGUCCGCGGUUGCCCCGUUCGUUCCUGGAAGGCUGUGGCCGCAGAGGGGCAGUCGUGGUGCGCGGGCACCGCGGAGCAGCUCAGGGCUGCACGCACUCCCCGGUCACACCGAUGCUCAGAAAUGCUGCGUUGCCUGCCGGUGGGCGGCGGCGGCAGCAGCAGCAGCGGCGAGGACGGCGUCUGGUCGCUUUUUUACUGCUUCGCGGGGAAGCAGUAAACACGGCCAGUCGGAGCGGGCCCGUGUGACGGGAUGGGGGCUGUGCUGCGGGAUAGCCCCGGGGGAGGGCGGCGAGUGGCCGGGACGCCCGCGCAGGGAUAACGCUGGGGCGGCAAGAGUCGUUGCAGACCGCCCAGCGCCGCGCCGCGGCAGCCGUCCCGCGGGCUGAGAGCAGGCGGCGACGUGCCCUUGUGCUCUCCGGGCGGUGACCCCAGUGAUGCGGGCAAGGGAGGGCAGCGCGCAUGCGUUGGCUGUGCCCGCAGUUUACCUGAGGACCGCAAGGGGGACUUCGUGCCUGCGCGUGGAUGUGGCCGCGGCGCUGCAGGCAAGGCGUGGGCAUUGCGCGUGGACUGGGCAUGCGGACUGAGUGCAAGAGGGGUGGUGCACAUGCGCCUCACGGCCCGCGCAUGCAGCGGGGGCUGUGGCUGUGCGCAUGCACUGGGCGGCAGCGGCCCACCCCGCGGAAGCAUGAGGGGGAAGCUGUCGGUCCAGCUGCCGUUGGCAAGUGAGGCUGGGAGGGAGGGCUGGAGCUUGGAGCCAGUACAGCUGCAGCAGAAAGUGGCGCUGCAUCUCAGGAAGGAUAGCCAGCCUAUUUUGACAAUGCUCACGAAAAAGUGCUUGGGAUUUGUUUAUUCUGGACUAUGUCUCUGGGCAUCCUUGUUCCUGUCUUUCUUUAAAGGCUCUCAGCAGGGCGAAAGCCAGAGACGCUUGUAUAGAGAACUGCUGAGAAACUACAAUCGUCUUGAACGACCGGUAGUGAAUGACUCCCAGCCCCUUGUGGUCGAGCUCCAGCUUUCCUUGCUGCAGAUAAUUGAUGUGGAUGAGAAGAAUCAGGUAUUGAUCACAAAUGCUUGGCUGCAGAUGUACUGGGUUGAUGUUUACUUGUCUUGGGAUCAGUAUGAAUACCCAGGUGUGCAGAACUUGCGAUUUCCAGCUGACCAGAUUUGGGUGCCGGACAUUCUUCUGUAUAACAGUGCGGAUGAAAGAUUUGAUGCAACAUAUCACACAAAUGUGCUGGUGAAUUACUCUGGAUCCUGCCAAUAUAUUCCUCCAGGCAUUUUGAAGAGCACAUGUUACAUUGAUGUCCGCUGGUUCCCCUUUGAUGUGCAGAAGUGUGAUUUGAAGUUUGGCUCCUGGACUCACAGUGGCUGGUUGAUUGACCUGCAGAUGCUCGAGGCUGAUAUUUCCAACUACAUCUCAAAUGGAGAAUGGGAUUUAGUGGGUGUUCCAGGAAAGAGGAAUGAGAUGUACUAUGAAUGCUGUAAAGAACCAUACCCAGAUGUGACGUACACCAUCACCAUGCGUCGACGUACCCUCUACUACGGCUUAAACCUACUCAUUCCCUGUGUUCUGAUAUCGGGCCUGGCACUGCUUGUUUUCCUUUUGCCAGCUGAUUCAGGGGAGAAGAUUUCUUUAGGUAUCACUGUCCUGCUUUCCCUGACUGUAUUCAUGCUGCUUGUGGCUGAGAUCAUGCCUGCAACUUCUGACUCAGUCCCACUAAUAGCUCAGUAUUUCGCUAGCAUCAUGGUCAUUGUUGGUCUGUCUGUGGUGGUAACAGUGCUGGUUCUGCAGUUUCACCAUCAUGACCCUCAAGCAGGAAAGAUGCCCAAAUGGGUCCGUGUCAUGCUGCUGAAUUGGUGUGCUUGGUUUUUACGAAUGAAAAAGCCCGGGGAAAAUAUAAAACCCCUGUCUUGCAAAUAUAGCUAUCCCAAGCACCACCUGAGUGUAAACAGCAUGGAGAUGAAUGUCCUACCCGGGCACCAGUCCAGCAAUGGCAACACAAUCUAUAGCUACCAUGUGAUGGAAAAUACUUGCUGCCCCCAGAAGAAUGAUUUGGGUAACAAGAGCGGAAAGAUUACUUGUCCCUUACCGGAAGAUAUUGAGCUUGUUCAGAAGAAGGCUUUAAUGGAUACUAUUCCAGUGAUUGUGAAGAUCCUAGAGGAAGUUCAGUUCAUAGCAAUGCGGUUCAGGAAACAAGAUGAGGGUGAAGAGAUCUGCAGUGAGUGGAAGUUUGCAGCUGCUGUCAUAGACAGGUUAUGCUUGGUUGCAUUUACUGUUUUUGCCAUCAUUUGCACAUUUACAAUACUCAUGUCUGCUCCAAAUUUUAUAGAAGCUGUCUCAAAGGAUUUUGCAUAAGGAUUUCAGAGAUGAGCACAAUAUGAUGAUUGCCAGUAAUUUUGCUAGAUAAUUUAACUCAAAUAGAGAAGUGUACUUAUAUGUGCUUAUAUGUACUUACAUACACAGAAGGGGAUGAAAAUAACUUCAGGAGGUAAUUGUUCCUGAUGUUAGUGAUUGUAUAGUAAACAUAUUGAUGUCUCCUGCUUACUUCAUAGACUAGUUCCACGUGUAAUUAUGUCAUGGUCUGUGACGAAUAAUAGACAAUAAUUCAAAUCUACAAUAUAUUUAU